AUGGAAAGUAUAAAAAACAUAAUUGAAUAUGGUUAUUUUUGCUUAGGUAGCAGGAAAAAAGAUGAUAAAAAACUAGAAGAAAAUACUGAAAGAAUAGAGUUGAAAGAGCAGCAGGUUAUCUCUGAGGAAAGUAAUUCUAAUGAAGGAUCAACAGAAGAAAUUAGAGAGUUAGACCUCUCUGAUUUUAUUAAUUUAAAAAGGCUGGAUUGUACUGGUAAUAAGUUAACCUCCUUAAAUGUUAGUAAUUGUUGUCAUUUAACUAAGCUUGAAUGUGGCGACAAUUUCCUAACCAAUCUUACUUUGCCUAACAAUUUAACUAGUUUGAGACAUCUGGAUUUAAAAUUAGAAUAUAACCAAUUCUUCCUCAAUACUCCCUACCAAAUUUCUCCCACUACGGUUACUACUAGUAAACUAAUAAAUACUAAACAAAUCACUCAACUAUUAAAACUAAAAGUUAGCGAAGAAUACCACACCAAGACUCUUGAAGAACUAACCCUUGAUAACUUUAAUCUAGAUGAACUAACUAUCCAAGAAGACCCCCAAGAACAAUCCUCCACCCAAGCCCACAUCCAAAUCCCCCCUAAAUAA